AAAAAACCUUUUUUCUUUCGUCUCUCCUAAAUCCGAAAAAAAAAAAAUAACAUGGAACACAUCGGAGCUAUUUCUGAAAGAGAAUGGACCUCGUUAAACGGAAUGUGCUCCGAAGAAGCCGAGUUCAUGUCCCAGUUUCUCGGGAAUUGUUCGUCAUAUCCGAACGAGGUAACGGGUUUUUCUAACUUUCCAGUUUCUUGUGCAUUUUGGCCCUCUCAAGAGUCGACGAAUGAGAGUGCAAUGUACUCGUCGGACGAAACGAAUACGAGCGUGUACUCCUUUUCGCAAGGGAGUGGCUAUAGUGGCGGCAUUGUUUUUCCGUUUUCGAGCAACGAAAGCUACCACCACCACCACCACCCUAGUGGGCCCCACCAAGUUUUCUUGACUAACAGCAAUUUGAUGACGAUGGAUUACUGUACGACGGAGAGUAAGGAAAAGGACAGUGACGAUUUCCUUAACCAUGAUGUCAGCAACGACAGCGUCGAGUCCAUGUCUGAAGCAAUUCAGAUGCCUGAUUUAAAGAAGGAAGAAAAAUAUAUCGCCCCUCUAGAGUCGAAGAAAAGAUCUCGUGUCAGUAGCGAAGUCCAAAGGAACAAGAGGAGCACGAAAACGAAGAAGUGUGCGAAGAUUGACGACAAUGAAGAGGAUAAUUGUAGGAGUAUUAAAAGGCAGAACUCGAGCAGCUGUUUUUCAGAAGACGAGUCGAAUGUUUCGCAUGAAAUGAAUUCGAGUUCGAAGCUAAGUGGGGCCCUCAACUUGGAUGGAAAAACACGAGCAAGUAGGGGUUCGGCUACCGAUCCACAGAGCCUCUAUGCAAGGAAACGAAGAGAGAGAAUAAACGAGAGGUUGAGAAUCUUGCAGAACCUCGUCCCAAACGGAACUAAGGUUGACAUCAGCACAAUGCUUGAAGAGGCUGUUGAGUAUGUAAAGUUCUUACAACUUCAGAUUAAGCUAUUGAGCUCCGAUGACCUAUGGAUGUAUUCUCCGAUUGCAUAUAAUGGAAUGGACAUUGGUCUUGAUUUAAGAAUUGCAACUCCGAAACCGCAAUCUUGAUCGAAGAUGACGGUGUCAUUUUCUGUGAAUAAAACACAGUUGCCAUAUUUAUAUUGGCAUUUGUUUUUAUUUUUUUAUUUUUUUUUCUUUUUCGAACGAGAACGUAACUCGAAACAACGGCUAUAUACAUCUCUUUGAUGAGGACUGAUCACACUCUUUGUUUAUAAUCCAAUCACUAAAUAAAUAAGCUUCUCUCUCUGGCUGUAAUCUGAACCUGAUGAACAAUAUUGUAUCUAUUUUUAUUUUAUUUUUAAUUGUUUUUUCUGGCUAUUAUGAAUGGAGCCAUGAGAUUAAAUGUAUAAAUGAUGAUCCCAUUUUAUUGCAUCGUUGUUUUGUGUAAUGAUAAUUUGACUGUAUAUUUGUGUUUUUUUUAUAUCAUG